AUGGGAGUGAGCUCGGCUGCAGAGUUUUCGGCUAAAGUAGCCGAGUGGGCGGGGUCUUUUGAACCAGCAGUUGCUCAAGUUUUGUUGAAAGAUUCAGGUCAACUUGAGAAUUUUUGGUCGCUCGCAAUCAGAGCUGAGAAGAUGUUCUUUGAGUCAACGGCUUUCCAGUUGGGUUUUGGGCUGUGUGAUAACAGACCUCCUGAGACAAGGGGAUCUCCACUUGACCAGCUCAGACAGGCAGCGGGGGUCCGGGCGCUGCUCAGCGGCCCAAAAGCGCCAAACAAGAAGCUCAAGGGCCUAGCACAAGCUAGCGAUUCUGUGACCCCUCUGCUUGAUCAAGAAAACAAUGAGAAAGCCAAGUGGGCAGCUCGCCUUGAGGCCAUUGGGCAACGUGCCGGACCAGCGGCCAAACUGCUUGUUCAGCAGGAGCAGAGCGAUGAGUUGUCGCCCUCCGAGCUGUCGCGGUUGAGGCAGAUUGUCCUACUCUCAGGCGCUCCCAGAACUAUGUCGGCUCAUGUUCGUGCGUACGAAAAGUUUGAGCACUGGGCAACAGCCUCUUCAGUUGUGCUGUACCCUUUGACAGUGGACAAGAUCUUGAAAUAUUGCCUAGUUUUGGAUCAGAGAGAGUGCGGCCGCUCAGUGGUGCCAGCAUUCAAGACCUCUGUCAAGUGGGUGGCCUCUCGGCUGGCGAUCGACCUACCAGAUGUGGACGAUCAACGGCUGAAAGCCAUCCAAGACCAGAUCGUUUCUUCUCGGGCCACCACCUUGAAAGAGGCAGUGCCCAUUCCGAUUGCUGCGGUUUGUAGCAUGGAAGCGAUCGUAGUCAACCCCAAAGAGUUUGCCCAAGCCAGGAUCUUUGUUUGGUGGCUCCUCUGCAUGGUGUUUGCUUCACUUCGUUUUGAUGACGCCAUCCAUGUCAAGCCCUCCGAGUUGGUCAUGCAAGAUGAGGGCCUUUUCGGCGUGGCCUGGCAAACCAAAGUUGAGAGAAAGCGAUCCGGCACCCGGUUCAUGGUCCCCAAAGUCGGCUUCCGCCAUAACGACUGGCUCGAAACUGGGUGGAGCUUGUUCAAGCUGCUGGAAGUCCAAGACCGUGAUUUUUGGAUGUUUGAGUUGAACUCGAAGUCAGAGUUCGACCAGCGCCCGCCGUCUCACCAGCGCACAGUAAAAUGGUUGCGUUGUUUUGCACAUCAAGGGGUAAUGCUCGAUCGUGAGAUCCCUGCGACUGAGCGCAAGGGUCUUAUUGAAACGGUCGACAAGUUGACUGUUCACUCAUGUCGAGUUACCCUACUCGAUGCUGCUGUUCAUGCUGGGCGUUCCACUGAAGAGAUUGGCCUUCAGGCCAAUUGGAAAAAUCCUGGGGCCGCAGCUAGUGUUGCUCAGUGCCUUGCGGGUCUUGGGCCUGUCGCCAGCAUGGUCGAUCGCACUACCUACCCGGAUGAUCAAGUUCCCGAGCUAGCAUUGCGGCAGGUCUUCGGGCGCCAGCGGCUCCCAGAGAAUCUGUGCCUGCUCGCAGCCGAGGUAGGCCUUCGUACCAUGGACACAUUUGCCAUGCUCGGCGACAACAUCACCGGUGUCAAGCAGACCCUCAACCGCAUCGUCACUGACCCAGCUCGGUUCGGUGCUGACGCGGCUGCUCAGGAGUUGGCACUCACCAAUUUGACAGCAGUAUGGAAGACAUGCUCGACUUUACAAGAGCAUUUCGCCUCUCGGCGUGCCAAGAUGGAAGAAGAUCCUUCGAAGGUACCCGAAAUCCCGGGUGAGGAUCAUGCAGAGUUCCGGGAGCAGUUCGUGCACAAACACCCAGAUGUGUUGUUGCCGCCCCACCGAGAACCUCACAGGAAGUUGGUCGAACGCAUCCAACGUGAUUACCUUGUUCAUGGUGCUGUGAUGUUCUACCAGGUGGGUGAGCUGCGCACGCGGAGCGAAGUGAUUGUUCAGAAAGCGGGCAUUUCUAAGAAUGCAGAAGACUUGCUCAAGGUCGUCACGGUUGAUCAACCUGUUUCGGCCGCUUCGGAGAGCCAGGUGAUGGACAAGCUUCAUGCCUUCUUCGUGGCUCUUGAGUACCUCAACAUCUGCGAAUUCACCCUCGACGAGUGGCGGCAUGAGAACAAGGGGUUGGCGCUGUUGCUGACAGUCGACUCCUUGAUCCGUAAAAAGGUCCAUCGACUCAACCAUGAUCAGAGGAAGUCCUUCCCUACGUUCUCCUCCGCCCUGCUCGAGGUCUUGGCCAACCACAAGCAGCUCUGGAAUGAUGCGCGCAGCAGCGCAGAACUCGACAAGUUCAAGCAGGCUGGCCAGCAAGCUCCUUCUACUCCACCGCGGGCUCCCAAGCGUGCUCGGGAAGCGGAUGAUUCACCUCUCGAAGUUUCACCCAAGGCCAAGAAAAACAAAGCUCGUCGUGAAAGGCAGAAAGCCGUGCUCGCUCGAGCCAAAGCCACCUUGGCCGAUUCCAAGGGGGCGCGCAAGGAGUCCAAAGUCUCCAAGGACGCUCGUGUGCCAGCCAACGAAUGGUCAGCCAUCACCGCUUUCAAGUACUCAGGUGAGAGUGAUCACUUUUGUGGGGCCCAUGCUGGGGCGAAUGAGGAGCCUCAGAGUUUGACUCGCUCUGAAGCUCCGAUAGCUCCGGUGGCACAGCCGAAACAACAGUGGCUCCGUUGGGCAGACGUUCCACAGAACGUUCAUGAAGUUGCAGCUCAGGGCCCUUGGUUUCUGGAAAUUUUUGCAGGGACGGCUCGUUUGACAGACGCAGUCCGGCAGAUGGGAAUUCCUUGCUUACCACCCAUUGAUGUGAUGAUCAGCCAGCAUGUUCAAGAUCCUUUUGAUGUUCUUGAUGCAGAUCGCUGGACUUUCAUCAUGCAGCUCGUGCAGAUGGGGGCAAUUUUCUUUGUUCAUUGUGGUACACCAUGCAACACUUUUUCUGCAGCUCGCAAAGCGGACGGGGGGCCGCCGCCCUUACGCAGCCCCGCCUGUCCGGAGGGAUUGCCGGCGCUUUCAGGCUCCAACUGGUUUCUGGCGCAGAUCGGCAACCUGUUUGUUGAUCGCACUGUCGAAGUUUGUUUAGGGGUCGCUGAAAUGGGAGGCGAUUUUUCUAUCGAAAACCCUGAAAAGAGCUUGAUCUGGAGCACUCGGGGGAUACAACGUCUUCUGCGGUGCGCUCGCGCCUGGCUUAUCCAUUUUGAUCAAUGUGCGUGGGGGGCUCCCUCGAUGAAGCCCACCUCGCUGUGUGUGACUCAUGCGGCUUUCUCGCCUCUGCACAGGCGCUGCCCGGGUCAUCACGCUCAUGAAGUUCUGCAAGGACAAGUAUAUAGUGAGUUCUUUGGCAAAGUGGUUUAUCGCACCAAGCUUGCUCAAGAAUACCCGCACUUGCUUUGUGCGGCCAUGGCUGAGGCCAUCUCAGCCAUUCGCGUUCGCCCUCUGCAUCUCAUGGAGGCCUCUUUCGGGCUGCUCAGCACGGGCAAGCGCAAGCCAGGCUACCAGCUCAAACGUGGUGCAAUGAAACCUUUGCUGGAGGUGGAAUCCGAGCCGGGUCAGGCUAUCUUGCGGGCGAUGAGCAUCGAUCACCCGUUCUCGACCGAGAUUGCCGUGGAACCUGGCUUGCAGGCGGCUCUACAACAGUUCGCCUACUCCAGUGAGCACAUUCUGCAGCGGCGCUCAGCACUUCUGCAUAAGUGGGGAGCGAUCGCUCAGUCAUCUCUAGAGGCGACUGAUCAGAUUUUGCGGCGCAUCCCGGAUGCCCCUCUGCGCCAUUUGCUGAGGGGGGUCCCGGACCAUGAACCUGCGCAGCUGGGCGUCACUUGCCAUCUCGUGCUCUACAAACUGAUGCUGGCGGCCAUCAAUUCGGUUGAUCAAGAUCUUCCUCAUUGCUUGCUUUCUGGUUUUCCAAUCGUGGGGCCGAUUCUGCGAUCGGGCAGAUGGCCGCCUUAUGAGAAGGCGCAGUCGCCCGUGGCGGUCGCCUUAAUGCAAAGCCGGGCCUGGGAGAUCCGGAAGAAGAUCAUUGCGCAUGUGCAAGCUGUGCCAAUCACAGAGAACCUCAAGAAGAUUUGGGAUGCGACUGUAGAAGAUGUUCAUGAAGGCUCGUGUAUUGGUCCUGUUUUUGAUCAAAAAGAUGUUUCCUUUUUAGUUGGUAGGGAUGAUUGGAUCCCCACUCAAAGGUUUGAAGUUGUUCAAAAGAAUAAAGUUAGGGGUUGCGAUAGUGCAACAACUAACCUGAUCAACCAAGCCACAGUGAUCACCGAGAAGCUCCAGUUGCCAUCUACAGAUUCCAACGUUGCUGCAUUGCGUAAGCUCAGAGCAAUGUGCCCUGGCUCGGAGUUGGCAGGUUGGGUUUUGGAUGAGAGAAAAGCGUACCGUCAAGUUCCUAUACGACCUGAUCACCGCAUGUUCAGUGUGAUCGCUUUGAAGGAACCAGCUUCUGGAAAAACUGCUUUCUUCGUGAUGAUUGGGCAUUCUUUUGGUUUGGUCUCUGCCGUUUACAACUACAAUCGCCGAUCGGCUGCUAUCAACGAGAUCCUCGUCUCCUUGUUUGGUCUGAUCGCCUUCAGUUUCUAUGAUGAUAAAUACGGUUUUGAACCGGUGCAGACUGUGGAAUCCGCCCAUCAGAUAGCUCAACAUGUUCACUGGUGGCUGGGCGCAAAGUUCGACCGUAAGAAGCUCCAACUGAGUCGAGCGCCCACAAUCCUAGGUGUUACCUAUGACCUGGAUGAUUUUGUCUUGGAGAUCAAGGACGACCGUAAGUCCGACUUGAUUGAAGAGAUCGACCACAUUUUACACUCAGGUCUUCUGGAUCCAGGAACUGCUGGAAAAUUGAAAGGUAAACUGAUGUUUGGUGCAAGCCAGCUCUGGGGAAAGGUAGGCCGUGCAUUCUUGCGCGUGAUUUCUGAACGCCAAUACGCUCGUUUCCCAUUUGGUGAUUCCGGUUUCGCUUUGGACGAGCCUUUGCGGUUUGCUUUGGAGCACUGGCGACAUCUUAUCAGAGCUGGUCCUCCUCGACCGAUCGAGAUGAAGAAGAUCAAGAAACCUGACGUAGUCAUUUUUACUGAUGGUUUUACACCGGAUCCGAGAGACGAUGAUCCUCGUCCGGAUAGGGUAGGUGCAGUUCUGUUUGAUAGAAGAUGGGAGGCUCCUCUCCAGUUCUCUGAGGUGAUACCUAAAGAGAUGCAGAAGAACUGGGCCCCCAGGAAGACCCAAAUUGUUCCUGUUGAAAUGAUUGCUCCUAUUUUAGCUUUACACACCUUUCGCGAGCGUUUGUUUGGCACUGACUUGAUUUUGCUGAUCGACUCUGAAGCUGUGGAGUCCGCUCUUGUUAAAGGAUACUCCAGCAAAUCAGACUUGUGCACGCUCGUGUCGGUAUUUUGGAACCUAAUUUUUGAAUUGCGAGUUCGAGUUUUUAUUGACAGAGUUUCAACUGAUUCCAACCCAGCUGAUUGGCCUUCUAGAGACGAUCUCUCCACGGGAGAGAAGGCAGGUUGGAAAACCGUUCAGGCAUGUUGGCCGGGUGAGCUCUUGAGUUUCGAUAGGUAA